AUGGAGCAUCCUGGAGUGCCUAAAGUGAAUACUUUUUCAUUUUCCCUAGAAGAAAUUGGUAAAUUGUUGGAUCAAAAAUUAGAAUCAAAACUAAAAAGCGCACAUGUUUGUCUAGCCACAGAAAUCAAGCAAGAAUUUCGUGACGUUUUAAAGAAUUUAGAAAGUGAUUUCAAGCAAAUAACUGAAUCUUUAACACAAGAAGUAUGUAACUUAAAGCUUGAGGUCAAUACCCUUAGUGAAAAAGUGCAGGCACUCGAGAAUGAAAACAUGUGCAUCCACAAAGAAAUUGAAUCUCCUCAAACUGCUCAAACAAAUGCAUUAGUACGCGCAAAUAACCUCAGAUCAAGAAGCCCUGCUAAAUGA